UAUUUUUAAUUUUUCACAAUGGAACAAUUAAGAUCCAAAUUAGAUGAAGUUAUUAUUUAUUUAAAACCAUAUUUACCUAUUGCUAAUAGCCAUGUUGUUAAUUUCAUAAGUAAUAAUUUUUGGGAAACUGUAAUACCUAGUGAUAUUAGAAAAGAAGUUGAUUUAAAAGGUACAGAAUUUGUAUUAGCUAAUUUUUGGUCAGAUUAUCCAAUUCCUGAUUCUUUAACGUGUUUUGUUACUUCAUCUAAAUUAAACAACUUAAAUUCUUAUCCAAGUAGUUGUUAUUUAAAUUUAGAUGAUGUAUAUAAUGUACUUCAGUCUUGGGGUUAUAAUCCAAUAGAUAAAUCAUUUAAAUUAAAAGAAUUCAUGGCUGCUAAGAAAAUGCAUGAAGUAGAAGUAAUGGCUAAAUUAGUAGCAGAUUUUUCUCACUAUGCUGGUACAGACAUAAUAAUUGAUAUUGGAGGUGGAAAAGGAUAUCUAAGUUCUUUAUUAGCUUUAGCUUACAAUUUCAAUGUACUUGGUAUUGAUUCUCAAUCCAUCAAUUCUGAAGGUGCUAAAAAUCGAACUAUAAAAUUUGAGAAAUAUUGGCAGACAAUUGUUAAAAAAUCAGAUAGUUUUGAAAAAAAAAUAUUUUGUCCAAUAGCUAAAGAAAAAUGUAAUACAUAUGAAGAAUAUUAUGAAAAGUAUAGCAAAAAAUCAAAUGUAGUGGGUAGUACGUAUAAACAGGUUACAGAAUAUGUUACUGAACAUACCAACAUUGUACCCUUAAUUCAAAAUGAAUUUAAAAAUAAUAAAAAAAAAGAGUUUGCCUUAGUCGGACUUCACACGUGUGGUUCAUUAGCUACUACUUGUUUAAAAUUAUUUAUUGAAUCUAAAAAUUGUUUAAAAUUAUUGGUCAAUGUUGGUUGCUGUUAUCAUUUAAUUGAAGAAGAAUUCACUGUUAACCCAUUCUGGAAUGAUGUUGAAAAUGCAUUAAACAGCAAUCAAUCGUAUGGAUUUCCUGUUAGUAAAUAUCUGAAAGAUCAACAAUUUAUACUUGGACGAGAUGCUAGAAUGUGUGCUUCUCAAUCACCAGAAAAAGUUUUUAAUUCUAAAGAUAUAAUAAAUCCAACAAAACCAUUGUUCUAUAGAGCACUUUUACAAGUUUAUUUAGUAGAAGAACUUGGAAUUGAAAACAUUACUAGAUGUCAUGUUGGAAGAUUGGCACAUAAAUGUUUAACCUUUAAUGAAUAUGUUCAUAAAGCUUUAAAACGUUUACAAUUAAAUACUGAGGUUGAUGAUGAAACAAUAAACAAAUUGUAUGAUAAAUAUCAGAUAGAAUAUGAACGAAUAAAAAUAUUUUUUAUUUUAAAACAAACACUAGCUCCAAUAAUUGAAGGACUAAUUUUAAUGGAUAGAUUAUUAUAUCUUUAUGAACAGGGUAUUAAUGAAGCUUUUGUUGCAAAACUUUUUGAUCCACUGCUGUCUCCUAGAAAUCAUGCAAUUAUUGCAUUAAAAAAAAAUUGAAUUUCAACUAAAACUUUUGAUUACAAGUGCUGAAUUGUAUGUGUUACAUAAACCAGUGAAAAAUACUAAUGGUUAUAUUUAUGAAAUCUCAAGUAAAUUAAAUUAACUUGAGAUUUGUAAUUUGUACUCUUGAUUACUGGUGUCUGAUAAUAUUAAUAAUUGAUCCAUAGCUACUAAUUUUAUUAAUUCUGCAAUACUUGAACCUGAAAA